GAGAAUGUGCCUCACCAUCCAGGUUGACGAUGACAAUUCUGUUCCAGUGCUUACGAACUUGACAACGAAAUAAAUCAAAUCCUGAGUACAGGAAUGGAACAUGUUUUACACAGAGAGAAUGACAGAUGAAUCACUGCUAAUGUCUAUGAUUCAAUCACAAGCACAAUUUCAGAAGUACAGUACUGUACUGUACUGCGCAGUAUAGGAGUCACUUGAGAACGCCUCAUGUCAACAAACAGGACGACCAGGACGAAAGGAUUCGGCGCAAGGCAUGCUAGAAUUGAGGGAAGACAGUCAUGCUGAAACCGCCAGACCAGCCACACUCAAUCUCAAGGGAAUUCUGAUUGUUGAUUCUGAAUCCUCGUCCACAUCCGCGGAAUCUUGAAGUGUGCCUGUACCUUUGACCACGAAAAUGAAGUUCAUGAGUAUCAAGACUCAAGUUUUGGUGCUGACCUUUCUUAUCGUGGCUGCGUUUGUGACUUAUGCCGUGGUAAUGUCGAGUGCUUCUGCUUCAAGAAUGACAGAUGCAAUUCAUGCCCAGGAACCUGCUGGGGAAGUUCCUUCGCAGAAUCACACCGCAUCUGCUGAUCCGUGGAGUUUUGUAGAUGGGGGAGUUCCUCCGCGGAAUCACUCCGCACCAGCUGCGCCAUGGAGUUUUUCGGAUGUUGGAAUCCUGAUAGGCGCAAGCGCGCUAUCUGGCGUGUUGGCUAUUGGCGUAAUUCCACUUGCACUUUGCAUGUUGGGAUUCACUUGCUGGGGAGUUGUAGCUGGUUCUGCAGCUGCUUUGUGCCAGUCUGGAAUUGGCAAUGUUCCUGCGGGAAGCUGGUUUUCAUGUCUCCAACAUACUAGUGCUUGUGGAGCUGUGGGCAGAUUUUUGAUCCCUGUAACGUUCCUCAUCGGUGCUGGUAUCGGAGGGACAACGACUUUUUAUAUACUGGAGAAUCAACAUCGCAGUAAUCCGUUGAACGAAACGGAUUUAACGCGCUUCAUUGGUGGAAUUGAAUCUACUGCUGAAGAUAUUCGGAAUAACCUGCCUGAUUUCUCAAGCACAUUGUGGGAAGACGUUCGUAAUACUUCGGCUACUUCAUGGGAGGACGUUCGUAAUUCGUCGGUUACUUUGUGGGAAGGCGUUCGUGAAAAUUCUGGCGCAUUAUUGGAAAAGGUUCAAAAUACUUCAGGCGCGUACUUGGAAGAUAUUCGGAAUGCUACCAGCGAAUCAGCGAAGCAGGAAACAGCUUACGGACUGGAGUCUGGGGAAGUUCCUCCGCGGAAUCACUCCGCACCAGCUGCGCCAUGGAGUUUUGCGGACGUUGGAAUCCUGAUAGGCGCCGGUGCGCUAUCUGGCGUGUUGGCUAUUGGCGUAAUUCCACUUGCACUUUGCAUUUUGGGAUUCACUUGCUGGGGAGUUCUAGCUGGUUCUGCUGCUGCUUUGUGCCAGUCUAGCAUCGGCAAUGUUCCUGCAGGAAGUUGUUUUUCAUGUUUUCAAAGUGUCGGUGCUUGUGGAUCUCGGGGUUUGAAGUUGAUGCCUGUUUGGUUCCUCAUCGGUGCUGGUAUCGGUGGAACUGCGACAUUUUAUGUGUUGGAGGAUCAACAUCGCAAUAAUCCGAAGAAGGUGUUCUUGAACUCAGCUGCAUCCACGUGUGCCGACCCAGAUCAUGCGGUGAACGAAACGGAUUUGACACGCUUCAUCGAUGAAGGAAUCUGGAAUUUACUUGGAUAUGCAGCAACGUUGGAGGAAGACGCCAUGGAAAUCUCGGCGCACAAUGAAUCUUUGGCAUUUGCUGAAACGAGAAAUCUCCUGCUUGCAGCCCUGAAAAGUUGCAUUAAAAAUCCGCCAUGGGCAUCUAAAGUCUGA